GGGAAGUAUACACCCAACAUGGUUGGAGACUUGAAAAAAGAGUAUGGGGUCCGGCGAGAGGAGAGUCUAAAAGAAACUAUGUGAGAGAGAGAACCUGUCGUGAGGAGAGGGGAGGUCAGGAGAUAAAGUUCUAUCUGUUUCCCAUACUUGUCUUAGCCCACCUGUAGCUCCUGGAGCUGCAGGGAUGUCAUUGAAUCCCCCAACACGGGUGACAGGAACAUCCCACAUCCCGUUAUCCUCAUCUGCCUCCCAGGAUCGCAGGAGGAGGAGACUCCGCAGUUGAGAAAUGGAAGAUGAAGGCAAGAAAGGCAAAAAGCAGCCUGGUCUUGUUUCACCAUUCAAGCGUGUCUUCCUAAAAGGAGAGAAGGGCAGAGACAAAAAGGCCCAAGAAAAGGUCACAGAGCGGCGACCUCUGCACACCGUCUCCCUGUCGCAGGCAGAACACCGCGUAGAGCCAGACGUGCUGCUGAACGAUUACAUUGAGAAAGAGGUCAAGUAUUUAGGGCAACUGACAUCUAUUCCUGGGUACCUUAAUCCAUCCAGUCGGCCUGAAAUAUUACAGCUACUGGACAAUGCAAAGAGGCUGCAUCAGCUUCCGGCGCAGUUGACACAGGAGCACGAUGCUGUCAUCAGCUUAUCUGCGUACAAUGUUAAGGUGGUGUGGAGAGAUGGAGAAGACGUAAUACUCAGGGUACCGAUCCACGACAUUGCGGCUGUUUCUUACAUCCGAGAUGACUGUCAGCACUUGGUGGUUCUGAAAACAGCUCAGGACCCUGGAAUCUCCCCUACCCAGAGCCUUUCAAUUGAAAGUGCCAAAGCCCUAACAUCAGGGUCGUUAUCGGAGUGUGGCACAGUUCCUGUGGAAGCUUGCUGCCUUGUUAUCCUAGCAACCGAGAACAAGUCAACAGCGGAGGAACUCUGCAUGCUCUUAGGUCAAGUCUUCCAGAUCGUUUACACAGAAUCCACCAUAGACUUCUUAGACCGAGCAAUAUUUGAUGGGGCCUCCACACCAACACGGCAUUUGUCACUGCACAGUGACGAUUCUUCCACCAAAGUCGACGUUAAAGAAGCAUAUGAAUUAGAGGCCAGCCCUUUUUCUUUUCAGGAUUCUUUGGAUGCAGAAGGCAAUUCCCCAUCUUCUAACCUUCAUUCCCCGCGUCUCAAGACUGCCAGUGACAGUGAGCUGAGUGCCACAGCCACGGAACUGCUCCAAGACUACAUGAUGACGCUGAGGACCAAGCUCUCUUCGCAAGAGAUUCAGCAGUUUGCGAUGCUGCUGCAUGAGUAUCGCAACGGAGCCUCCAUCCAUGAGUUCUGCAUCAACCUUCGCCAGCUUUAUGGGGACAGCAGAAAGUUUCUGCUACUAGGUCUCCGACCCUUCAUCCCAGAGAAGGACAACCAACAUUUUGAAAACUUCCUGGAAACGAUUGGUGUGAAAGAUGGGCGUGGUAUUAUCACAGACAGCUUUGGAAGGUACAGAAGGACUAUGAGCUCAGCAUCUAACUCCACUACAAAUGGGAAUUGUGCAGCUGGUGGCUCAGAUGACCAAACUGUGCCCUCAGAAGGAGACGAAUGGGAUCGGAUGAUAACCGACAUCAGCAACGACAUAGAAGCACUUGGAUGCAGCAUGGACCAGGAUAUCCCUCAGCAGCUGUAAAUUAUCGUUGACCGGGUGAUAAGUCCUUUUCCACACCAGCAUUAUCUCUAGCUCGGAGGAUGAUUCACUAGAACUCCAUAUAUAGUUCUUACAAUAUCUAAGCAAGAUAGUAAAAUGACUUUGGGUUGCGGACAUUUUGCUGUAACAUAGAGGGAUUCUUACAGUUGGAACUCAACAGUCUCUUGUGUUACUAUUGUGAAAAUACUUUGAUACCCAAGUUUUUUUGGGUCUAAGUUUUGAUUGAAAAUACCACCCUCCUAUUUAACUUCAGUUUUUUUUGUUUGUUUUUUAACUUUGUGAAAGUGAAAUCUAGAUUUUAAUUUUGUUUGCAAAAUAAUCUUUUUUUUUUUUUUUGGUCAACAAAAGAUAAUCAAGUAUGAAGCGGUGAAGGUUGGAACUUGUACAUUGAAAUAACUCUUUAGUUUUGCACAUGAGUUUGUGUUUGUUACACUCAAGGACUAUUUUUUUUUUAUUCUAAAAUUGGGUAAAAUAAAAGCCACAAAAAUAGCAAUUUAAAGUUUACCACAAUGUGAAAAACUGAAAGGAUCGUUGGACGUUGAAAACAUUUCAGUCUGUACCUGAAGGAUGCUAGUGCUGUGAUAGUUAUGCAUUUGCUUUUACGUGUCUGUUUAUUUUAUGUUUUGAGAGUGGCUUUUUUAUUUUUAACUUUUUAGAUUUUGUGUAUCACUUGGAGAAGCCAAAAAAAGUCUUAAUUUUGACAAGUGAUCUUUGUGUUAUUUGCCAGGCUCAGUAUCCUGUUCCAGUACACGUUUAGGCCAGAGUUUGUUUUUUAGCUGUGUAAGAAGAUGAUUUGUGCGUGCUGGCAUUAAAACAAUAUAUGUUACUGUGUAGAACCAAUAAGGGGUUGAUCCCUACAACUUUGGUGCAUUUUUUAUUUAGAUUUGUUGUUUUUUGUGAGCUCAUGCUGUUUACAAUAAGUGGCCAAAUAUGCUGCAUCAUAAACUGUUCUUCAAGUCCAGAUUAUCUCUUGAAAAGUCUCACGUGACAAUAGCAUUGCAGUUUACUAAAAUGUAUAUAUUUAUCCACAGUACCGCAAGCAAUCUGAAUUAAAUUUGACUUUAUCCACAGUCUUUUCAAGGUCUGUGUCUUCAUGUCAAAAUGUAUUAUUCUUUACAGAAAAUUUGGUUUGAUCAUCAGUCUUGCAGCCUGGUAUGAUGGUCGUACAGGGUGUGACGUGCUUACUACAAUUUUUACAUUUGAUGACUAACUUUCUAGGGUUUGUUUUUAUAUAUCUAUAAAUAAAAUAUUCUCCUAGCUCAUUAA